AUGAUGAUCAUCCGCAGUGGAGAUGUUGGAAGAGAAGGUGAACAUCAGGUGUAUGUUGAUCGAGCAUUAUGGGGAGGCGAUUGUGGCGAUUCCGAAUUAGCUAAACACAGUAUAUCUACAGAUGAAUAUCACAUUAGAUAUGGUUUUGCUGCUGGAGUACGUGGUGCACCUGCUGGUUGUGAAUUUAUCAACGACGCUUGCAGAGCAGUUUUAGUUAAAAAAGGCAAUCACUCAGAACUAUGUAGUGCUGCCACUGCAACAUCUUCAACAGCGUCCGCAAAGGGUGGUAAAGGCGCUAAUCGUCGACCAACUAAAAACUAA